CUCCCUUCUCUCUCUGCAUGUCCCCUCCCCUUUAACUAAUGUUUUUUCACUUUUCUGUUUUGUUUUCUGGCUCAGAAGACCGCCACCUGAGCCUAUAGGCUGAAGCCGAGAUGGCUCCAGAAAAGGAAAGUAAAGGUCAUGACAACUAUGCAUUUGCACUUGAUGGACGUUUCUGUGAUCUACGUGAUGCAAAAAAUGGAGAAGAACUGGACUCCUCUGUGGAUGGAGACAACAACAAGCUAGCAUAUUGUGUAACAGAUGUACCUCCUUGGUACCUGUGCAUCAUUCUAGGCAUCCAGCACUGUUUGACUGCAUUUGGAGGCAUUAUCGCCAUCCCGCUAAUCUUGUCUCAGGGGUUGUGUCUGCAACAUGAUGGCCUCACACAAAGCCACCUCAUCAGUACCAUCUUCUUCGUCUCUGGUGUUUGCACUCUGUUGCAAGUUACCUUCGGCAUUAGGCUGCCCAUUCUCCAAGGUGGCACAUUCACGUUGUUGGCUCCCUCCAUGGCAAUGCUGUCCAUGCCAGAAUGGACGUGUCCUGCUUGGACCCAAAAUGCAAGCCUAGUCAACACCACCUCCACAGAAUUCACAGAUGUGUGGCAGAGUCGAAUGAGAGCACUCCAGGGGUCCAUUAUGGUGGGAUCACUCUUCCAGGUGUUUGUAGGUUUCUCUGGCCUCAUAGGCCUCUUCAUGCGCUUCAUUGGACCUCUCACCAUUGCCCCUACCAUCUCUCUCAUCGGACUGUCCCUGUUUGACUCAGCUGGCACAAGUGCUGGCAACCACUGGGGCAUCUCUACCAUGACCACGGCACUGAUCAUCUUAUUCUCACAAUACCUCCGUCACAUACCUGUGCCUUUUCCCACAUAUAGCAAAGAUAAAAAACUGCACACUUCCCGUGUCUACGUCUUUCAGAUUCUCCCCGUUUUGCUUGGAAUCACUUUAUCUUGGCUCAUCUGUUAUAUUUUGACAACCUACAAUGUACUACCUGCUGAACCAGACCGGUAUGGCUACCUGGCUCGCACUGAUCUAAAGGGAGAUGUUAUGAGCCAAGCUCCCUGGUUCAUUGUCCCAUACCCAGGUCAGUGGGGGAUGCCGACUGUGAGCCUGGCAGGAGUGGUUGGCAUCCUUGCUGGUGUGAUUUCGUCUAUGAUCGAGUCUGUAGGGGACUACCAUGCUUGUGCCAGGUUAUCUGGGGCUCCACCUCCCCCUAAACAUGCCAUCAACAGGGGUAUUGGUAUUGAAGGAAUAGGCUGUCUGCUGGCUGGAGCCUGGGGUACAGGCAAUGGUACCACCUCAUAUAGUGAGAAUGUUGGAGCUCUUGGUAUUACAAAGGUUGGCAGUCGCAUGGUGAUAGUAGCAAGUGGAGUGUUGAUGGUUGUCAUGGGUGUGUUUGGUAAAGUGGGCGCUAUAUUCACCACUAUCCCAUCACCUGUGGUAGGAGGGAUGUUUAUGGUUAUGUUUGGUGUCAUCUCUGCAGCAGGAGUUUCUAAUCUGCAGUAUGCAGAUAUGAAUUCAUCUCGAAACAUCUUCAUUUUUGGCUUCUCCAUGUUCUCUGGUCUGGUCAUUCCUAAUUGGAUAUUAAAGAACCCCAAAGCUAUUGCUACAGGUGUGGUAGAACUUGACCAGGUGCUGCAGGUACUUCUGACAACCAGCAUGUUUGUAGGAGGCUUCUUUGGCUUCAUACUGGACAACACCAUUCCAGGAUCAAAGCAUGAACGAGGCAUCCUGGCCUGGAACAAGGCUCAUGAGGAUGACUUCAGCAACACACUGGAGAGCGGAGAAGUCUACAGUCUCCCCUUGGGCAUCAGCUCUUAUUUAUCCUCUUCUUCCUGGCUCCGGUACAUACCAUUCUGCCCUCCUGGUGUGCCUAGCUCUGUGGAAGGAUGCGAAACAGAUACUAAUUCCUUGGAGCCUAAGCAGCCACUGGGACAACCAGAGCCUGCACAGAUCAUUGUUGGAGUCGCUCUUUGAGUUGUGUACUUACUCAAGCAUUCCAUUUUGGGAAUUUUCCAAUAACAAUACCAUCAAAGGCAGCUCAGUUUGGACCUUGUUUCCUCUGUUAAAGACACUGUACUGUAACAACAUGGUGCAAAGUAUUUCACAUGACUUUGUUGAGUGACAUUUGCAGAUGACAUCUCGCAUAAGACUGGCUAAUAUAUGGACUUCCUUUAGGGAGGCACUUGGGUAUCUGAAAUAAGUUUAGUGGAUCUUUUGUAAUUGUUGAUAAUAGAAAGCUGCACACACACACAGACACAUAUAUGUAUGUCUUGAGGACAAUUGUUCGAUUUUUUUUCCUGCACAGUAAUUGGUAAAUUGGUAUUGAUAACACAUAACACUUACAUAUGAAUCUUUAUGUUUCCUAAGUUUUCUAUGUUCUUAUCAGUCACAGUGUGAGCACACUCAGGUGCUAGUGAACAAACUAAAAAGACGUAAAUGUAAGUAAAUGAUGUUCAAUGCUGCAUUCAACUGUACAUACAGUACCUCAUGUUUGAAUCAGAUUUCUCAGUAUUUUAACUAAUGGUUUCGUUAUCAGACAAGGCAUUUUGCCUAUUUGUGGCAACACUUUGUGACAGAACUUACAUAAUAGAGAUAAUUCUUCAAUGCACAAACCAGGACUACUCACUGAUCUCAAUGGAAGAGUUUUUUCCCCUACGUGCAUAUUAAACAUAUCGAGCUCCAACAUUGGAGCCAUUGCUCGGCCA